CUGAAGCACAGGAGAGGUUCGUUUGCAGUCGAAGCUCAAAAAUUUCUCAGCAAGAAUACUUACAGAAGAUAUUUUUCAAAAUUAAAGAAAACGAAUUAAAUUGAAGAUCGCAAGGCAUAGUACUCCACCUGGCAUAUAACCUUUUAAAAACUUCUUUUCUUUCAAUCAUGAUGUUGUUCAAAUUGUUUUCCCUUCUAGGAACUCAAAGAAAUGAAAUUAAUAACAUAAUAAAAGGAAAUUAGAAAUCCCCCUUUACAGAAAUGUUUUAAAAGUUUAAAUGCUGUUAUUAUGGAUUUGGAGAAAUGGAAGUCAUGCUACCUCUGCUCAAGGGCAGUAUUCACAUUGUAUCAAAAAAAUAAUUUCAUAUAUAUCUGUAGAUAAUUUGAAAGAAAAUGCUAUUUUUUCUCAACACUUGACUUUGCAGUGUUUCUUUACCACUGCUUCUUUCUCUUUGCCCCUAAAGAGAAAUGUCAGAUUUUUCAAAGAAAUAUUUUUGCCCUCGUCUUUUGGACUAUAUAGUUUUUGUUGGAGCCAGACAACCAAGUCGCAAUCAUGCAGUGCAGACUCCAGAACUUCUACGGAGGUACCCAGCCGAAGACCACAAAGAUUUCCCUCUCAGUCCUGAUGUUGUGUAUUUCUGUCAACCUGAAGGGUGUGUUUGUAUAGGACCAAAACGAGUCAGUCUCAGGGAAUCCAACUCAUUUGUAUUUGCCUUGACUGAAAAAGAUACUAGUCGUGUUCGAUAUGGUAUAUGUGUCAACUUUUAUCGAACUAUAGAAAGGCGUCCAUCAACAAAGGAGAAAGCACGAGACAGGGCAAAAAAGAAAUUAAGUAAAGUUAGAGAAGCUGAAUCUGCAACAUCUCAUGAUGGCAGAUUUCUAGAUCCUAAACGAGAUUAUUCAUCUAGAACUCACCAAGAUGAUUCAGAUGGCGAUUCGAAAUCAUCAUCACCAACAACUCAUCAACGCAUUCGAAGUCAUUCACUCACUUCAUUAUGUAUCAUUAGUCAUCAUCCAUUUUUUUCUACUUUUCGAGAAUGCCUUGUCAUUUUACGAAAACUCAUUGAUGCCUGCAAUGAAAGAAAUCUAUCUAGACGAUCAGGAGCUAAACAAACUAGGGAAUCUGUUUGGUCUUAUAUAACAGGAAGAUUAGCUGAAAAUACACCUCCUUCAGUUCUUCAUGGAAUUCGUGAGCUUGAAAUGUGGAUUCUAAGAUUGCUCAGUGCUCCUGUUCCAGUACCUGGGAAAACAAGGGUGGAGGUGGAAAUUCUGCCUCGAGAUAUUCAACCUCCUCUCACCUUUGCUCUCCCUGACCAUACUAGAUUCUCCCUAGUAGAUUUUCCUCUUCAUUUGCCCUUAGAAUUAUUGGGUGUAAAUACAUGUAUGAAAGUUCUUACAUGUAUCCUUCUGGAGCAUAAACUUUUGAUGCAGUCUCGUGACUACAAUGCUUUGUCAAUGAGUGUGAUGGCUUUUGUUACCAUGAUUUAUCCACUAGAAUAUAUGUUCCCUGUCAUACCAUUGCUGCCUACAUGUAUGAAUGGUGCAGAACAGCUUCUUUUGGCUCCUACGCCUUAUAUAAUAGGAAUACCUGCAAGUUUUCUUAUGUUUAAGCGUAAUUUCAAGAUGCCAGAAGAUGUAUGGCUAGUGGAUUUAGAUUCAAAUAAGGUAAUAAAGCCAUCUGGUGUAGAAGAUUUACCACCUCUGCCAGAACCAGAAGGGACUAUUUUACAAAACCAUCUCAAACAAGCUUUAGCAUCUAUGAGUAUGAGUCCACAACCCAUAAAAAACCUGGAUCGUAUUCAGCCUGGAGUAGCUGAUCGCCUAGUUUCGCAAGAACCUCCACCUCCCCCAUUGACUACAGGUUUCAAUCCCUUAAUCUAUGGCAAUGAUGUGGAUUCUGUGGAUGUUGCGACUCGAAUAGCUAUGGUUCGCUUCUUCAACUCUCCAGGAGUUUUGGCUAAUUUUAUGGAGCAUACGCGAACAUUGCGAUUAUAUCCUCGCCCUGUAGUAGCCUUUCAAGUGAACAGCUUCUUGCAUUCAAGACCUAAAUUCUCUUACUUUCUGAGUAAAUUUGUCCGUACCCAAGCUGUUGAAUUUUUUGCUGAAUGGUGUCUUGCCCCAACAAAUGUUGCUUUCUUAAGAGUCCAUACGGGUGUUUUUGAUCCAACUGUUGUUGGUGAUAAAGCUAAAUGGUAUAGCAACCAGUUAGAGCCUUUGCAUUUCAAAGUAUGGUCAGAAGGAUCACACUUAGCUAGCUCCUUGGCUACAGCAUCUCAAUCUGAACCAUCUACAGAUGAAAGUUGUAGUGACAGUGAAGGUGCUGGAAGUACAAGCUCGUCAUAUUCUUCUUUGAGUGAUUUUGUGACAGACAUGGUGAAUAGUGAUAUUACAAGUGAAGGGAUGUUAGUUGCUGCUGGAACUGAUGACCCAGGGAAUAGCCAAGUGCUUUUUGACCACCAUUCUGUUUAUCAGCCUCCAAGUACUUUACAGCUUCCUACUACAGGUGUUAACAGCAGUGAUUCUGCUUUUUCUAUUCCUGGCUCAUUGUCAACUUCUUCUUCCCACUCUUCUUUAUCAAGUAGCAGCCCUUCUUAUAACUGUGAUCCAGAAGAAGACUUAGCUCGUGCUGCUGAGCAAGCUGUAACACCAGGGUUUCAACCGCUGGCUUACAGAUCUGAGUCACAGGAUCAGGGUGAUGCAGAUGCAGAAGUGUUUAGUGGGCAGGAAGGAGAAACAGCAACUUUGACUCCUUCUACUAUUCGCUCUGUUGUUUCACCGCAACCACCUCUACAAGGCCGUAGUCCAGCUGAUAGUCUGAGCAGUGAUAUUGAGAGCAUUCAUGAUCGUGAUACUCCACAUAAUAUAAGUAGUAGUUCUGCUGCCUCACGCAUAAGAUCUAGCAUAACUCCAGAAGCAUCAAUUGACAAAGGGAGUGGUUCUGGUUCAACACCUACACCGACUCGUACCCUUAGUAUUAGUAGUGUUUUGAGUCGUACAGGUAGUAUUGGAGGAGCUUCAUUAACAACUCAAAAUAGUCAAGGUUCACUGCUAGAAACAAUGGCUCGUGAAGCAAGGGAAGUUGCUAGAGAAGCAAGUAAAGCUGCUGUUGAAGCUAGUAGAACUGCUUUGGAAGCUACAAAACCAGCUCGUGAAGCAGGAAAGAAAACAUUAUUGAAGAACCUACAAGCAUUUGGAGAACCUAUGACAUCUGGAGGACGGGAUAAACGAAUACCUGAAUCCACUGAAAUAGUAACUCGAGAUGGUGGCUCCAGUCCUGGCUCCCUUAUAUCAACUGUUAGCAGUGAGUUAAAUGGUAUUGCUGCUCAAACAUCCAGUAUGUUUUCUGGAUUAUUUGGUAGUCGAUCAAGCUCUAUAUCUACUAGACCUAAAGAUCGUGUGCAGCCAUACGGUCCUUUCCCUACAGCUUUAAGAAAAACUCCUCUUGAAAAAAAUGCAUUGAUCAAACAUACUACAAAUCAACAGAAAAAGCAAGAUGCUCAGAGGCUACAAACUAUUGAAGAUAAUAGAACUUCUCAUACAGACAACCAAACAUUUUUGAAGGAAGUAAUAAAUGCAGUUCUUCAAGAGGAAGGAGUUAGAUGGAUGAAAUUAUCUAAGAUCAAGCGAUUAAUGGAAGAUGAAAAUUACCGAAAUUUAGUUGUUUCAAGGCUGAAUAAAACUUUGGAAAGGAAGAUUGGACCAGAUGAUCACAUUGAUGAUGUGUGCAUUACAAAGCCUGUUUGGAAAGGUUAUUUGAAACUUUUACAAGCUGUUAUAUCAGGCCUGGAACAUACUUAUAGUAAUUAUGGCCUUGGAGGCAUGGCUAGCGCUUAUCAGGUUUUAGAAAUUGCACAUACACAUUAUUAUACCAAAGAACCUGAAUCAAGGCUUGAUACUGGAACUAAUACCACAGCAUCUCUUUCUCAGGGUAGUAGCCCAUUUGGUAGUGGAGAAAAUUUAUAUAAACAUUUAUCAGACAGACCUGAAGAUGCUACGGGACUAUCAGUUGCCAGUUCUAGCAAGAGCAGUACGAAUAGCAGUCCAUCUGACCUUCCUCAUGCAUCACCAGGAAGUGAAAGAGAUUAUCAAGAUCAAAGACAGCUUCAAGAUUCUUUAUGUAAUGUUCACAUUACUCCUUCUCCUGAAAGCUCAGAACAUGAAGAAGCAACAGACAUGUUUCGAAGCAUUAUAAAUGCCAAACGAAAUAUACUAUUCUCAAGAAUAACUAGUGUUGAAUCAGAAGUUUCAGAAACUGGUACUGCUUUAAGUCAAAGUUCUGAUCAAGCAGUUCCAAGUUGUAAUGCUAGUGAUACUGGAAGCAUGACUACAAAUCCUAGUUAUCAUAGAAAUCUUAGGAUUAGCCAAAAUUCCUUCAGAUCUACAGUUUCAGAUAGUGAAAUAGAAGCAGGGAAUUUCCUAAAUAAUCGCCAGAAGCGAACCCCAAGUAUUUGGAGUAGCAAAAGUAGCUUAAGUACAGGAUUCAGAUACCAUGGGGGAAGUAUUGUUAGUACUUCUAAUCCUGUAAAUGAACCAACUAGAGUAUAUUUGUUUGAAGGCCUUGUUGGUAAAGAUAGAUCAACUUUAUGGGAUCAAAUGCAAUUUUGGGAAGAUUCAUUUCUCGAUGCAGUUUCACAAGAAAGAGAUAUGGUUGGGAUGGAUCAAGGUCCAGGAGAAAUGAUGGAAAGAUAUCAAUCAUUAUCAGACAUGGAUAAAAAACGCUUAGAGCAUGAUGAAGACAGAUUGCUAUCAACCAUGUUGUAUAAUACAGUAGCAUUUAUGGUAAUGGUAAACGUGAGCAAGCAAGAAAUCAGAAGAAAAUGCUGUCGUUUAUUAGGAAAAUGCCACAUCAGUCUUGUAUACAGUGCAGAAGUUAAUGAACUGCUUGAUAACAUUACAAAAUUGCAAGGCAAUGAUAUUGAUUUAAAACCUCUUGGGAGUCGUCAGAUGCAUCGUCAAUCUUUCACAGUGCACUCUGGUGUAGAUACUACUGGCGACAUGCUUUUUAUGGAGGUUCGAGAUGACGGCAUAGUUCUCCGAAGUGUAAAUGGCACCAUAGUUGAAAGGUGGUGGUAUGAACGAUUGGUUAAUAUGACAUAUUGCCCAAAGAAUAAAGUUUUAUGUCUAUGGAGAAAAAAUGGAGGCCAGACACAACUACGAAAAUAUUAUACAAAAAAGUGUAAAGAAUUAUAUUAUUGCAUAAAGGAAGCCAUGGAACGAGCAGCUGCUAGAGGAAAUGGUAUGAUGCCUGGCACAGAAUUAGGUGGUGAAUUCCCUGUUCAAGAUAUGAAAACUGGGGAAGGUGGUCUUCUACAAGUUUGUAUGGAAGGAGUAGGACUAUUGUUUGCUAAUAGCAAGUUCUUUGUAAGGCUGGAAAACAUAAGGAAGUGUUUCACCCAAAAGGGCGGGAUGUUUGUUCUGGAAGAGUUUAACCCCAAAACAAGACAAAUAAUUCAAAGAAAAUAUAAGUCAGCUAUGGCUGAUCAAAUAUGUUAUGCAGUUUUAUGUGUUUUCUCCUAUGUUGCUACUGGAGUUGAACAACGAAAACGUAGAGAAGCUGCGGGAUACGAGAGACUCAGUCACACAGAAGGAAAUACGCCCACACGCUCCAACAAAAGGUGACACAGUUUAAUCCCCAAUGGACACUUACAGCUGAAAAUUUUAUGAAGCUGCAUGGUGGUUAUCACUUAUAUGCAGAUCAUAAAAAAAAAUGAAUUCUCCAACAGAGGCAUCCUGAUCUUCCUCUACAGGAGUGUGUUACUUCACAUCUCGAGCUGAUACAAACAUCUAUGACUAACAAAAGUAUGAACAUACUUACAUCGCCAAAAGCUUAAGGGAUAAAAUACGAUGUUAUGUCUGUGUUCUCUUCUCCAGAGUUAUUACUACUUUUUUAAGACUUUCUAGAACUGAUAUGGCGAAAAAGAUUUUGUCAAAUACCAUUUACGAUGUAUGAGUAGUUGCGUUCUUGCUAGUGUACAUAAAUAAUUUACUAUAAACAAAAUGCUACAAAUUUAUAAGAGUUUAACAUUUUGAAUCAGUCUUGUGUGAAGGAUGGUGAUUGUUAAAGUGCCUCUAUUUAUGUAAUAAAAACAGCAUAUUCCAAAGAAAGAAGCACUGGGAUAGAGUAACUGUCUUUUUUUUUUUUUUUUUUUACUUUGAAUCAUGCAGGAAAUAAAUGUAUCCUUUUUUUAUUGAAUGAAUGUAUAUUAUAUAUUAUUUUAAAAAACUAUCUUUGGCCAUAUCAAGUAAAAAGAAAUGGGAAACAUAUCUUACCCCCUCCCCCAUCUUUUAUAAUUAUCAUUUAAUUUCUUCUAAAUAAGUUACAGAUUUAAUGAUAAAAAUUAAUAAGAAUUGAAGAAAUACAUUUUCUAAAAUAUAUUAUAGAAAAAAAAAUUGAUCAGCAGAUAAGAUAGUUUUUAAGUUAUUUUUAAUUUAGUAUUAAUAAGCAAUAAAAAGAGUUGCUAAUUUUUAUGAAUAAAGAUUUCAAAUUUCUAACAUAAAAUGUUUUGGGGGAAUGUGUGUCCGAGUGAUGGAAAGUUCUACCUUUUAAGUUAAUUAUGUUAAAAUUGCUUUGAAAUUUAUAUAUAUAUAUAUAUAUAAUUAUACAGUUUGAUUUCGAGUUUUAUAAUUAAAAAUAUUAACUGUUUUUAAGUUAACCUUUGAAAAUCAGAGGAAUGAAAUUCUAAGGAAUAGUGAUCGAAAACAAGAUGCAUUUAUCAAGUAACUUCCGGUAAGAUGGAUGGUGCUGCUGUGAUGUAUUCACGUAGAAAAAUUAUGUUGUAUAGUCAGAAUUCUCAUGUUCCAUAGUCACUUAUCCUUCUGGAACUCUAUUCAAGAUGUACUCCUACUUCAAACAUUCCUCUAUGCAAUGUAACAUAUAGUAUAUUAUAUGUAAAGUGAGAUAUUAAAAGAAUAAAAAUGCAAUUGGUAUUAUAUAAAAGCAAGGUAAGCAUUAUUCUGAAUUUAUUUAUAUUUUAUUUUAUAUUGUAUAAUGGUGGAUUAUUAUGUAUUUUUUUUUAAUUUUAUUUUCUUGUUUCAGUCAUAUUAGCAUUUAUAUACGAAAUUUUCUGGUCAUUUUAAUUUAGAAAAUUGUGCAUUCCUUUAUUUGAUUAUUACUUUAUGUGAAUAUAUUUUAAAUACUUUUUUUUAUUAUUUCUUUUCGGAAAUUUAUAUGUGAUAUUGAAACAAAAAUAUUUCUAGUCACGAUGUUUAUAGUUAGUCAGAUAUAGAAAAUAUAUAUUAUAUAAUAUUAAAUCUAAGUAAAUAUUAUAAUAUAUGGAAAAUCUGACCAUUUUUGCCACAAACUAUAUAUUGAUAUUAUUUGUGUAAAUCAGAAAAUGCUUGAAAUUUAUAAUUAAUAAUUUAUAUACUACUAAGUGUAUUUAUUGUAUACACAUAAAUCAAAAUAUUUCAUUGCAAUUUAUAAGGUAAAUGCCUUCAAGUAUGUUUCUUGUAACAUAACUAUCUGAAUGUCAAGAAUCAAUGCAGUUGCACAACUGACAAGCAAUAAUAUGUAUGUUAUAGUUACUUGGUGUUCCCUGUUAUUCAACAAAGUUAAUGUUUUUCUUGUUCCUCUUUAAAACAAAGAGCAUAACUUGGGUUUAAUCUAUUGAAUUUGUUUAGCCUUCUUAUGAAAAAUCGAUAUUCUGUUUAAGAUUUCAUUUUCUUUUACAUUUUAUAAAUAAAAGUUUUUUCUAAGAAUA